AUGGAAAACCCAGAGAGGCCUCCACGGGCCGCUGGGGAUCCAGAAAUCAUGGGACCUGGAUCUGGGGUCGAUUUCUCGACACCCACCCAGGAACCGCAACAGCUGCCUUUAAAUGCCCCUGCACUGUUUGCAGGACUUCAAGACAGCCAGAAUCAGUCCAAAGAACCUACUUUGGAUAAUAGAGAUACUCUACAAGAGCCACGACAGACUGGAGAAACGCAACAGACUCCAAGAACGACCCUCGAGAAAAGGAAGGCUUCUAGGCUGACCAUAGGAUCUCGGACCCCAAUAACUAGAUCUGGAUUGAACGCAGCUCCAAAAAGACAGAUUACACUUGCCACAAUACGUGCAACAAGUGCUCCCAUAGAGAACAGCCUCGUGAUGAGCCUGAUUGAGGAUCUCAACAGCCAAACGCAAGAGGCUGUCCAACAGCUCUCCGUCGAGCUUACAACCGCAAGAAACGUGAUCAGCAUGCAACAGGGUCUUAUUACCACCCUCAACGCUAGGCUAGAGAGCCUAGAGACUUACGUGAACGCGCUACAAAGCCGUCAAAUCCUACCACUCGACCCCUGUGACACAACGCGUGAGGUUGCGGCGCACGGGCCACCGCCAAGAGCCGCUUCCACGGGAGGUUUAGCGUCCACCCCAAUACAGCUAGAUGCCGCGCCUGAGAGCCGCGCGAUAAACUCAACCGCACCUCAGCCGCAGCCGCGAUAUCAGAAUCCAACAAAGGCUACGAAACAAGCCGUACAGCCACCUGAGGGCCCCAAAAAAGUAGUUGGAACCGCCGCGCAGACCACCAAACAGCCUGAAACUACCGCUAAGCCACUGACCAAGCCCGCACCUACGAAAUGGGCCGCUAUUGCCGCGAAUAAUACCCAAUCUGGAGGAUGGAAAACCGUCCAGUAUAAGAAACAGGCCUCAGCACCCUCUAAGGCUCUAUCGAUAACUGACUGGAAGCCUGUGAGUACCCGGAGCAAGGAGGAAAGACGCCUCAUCUUCAGACGACGAUAUCCUAAAGAUGCUCCGACCGCAUUGAAAGCUGAUGUUCUCUUGGCCCUUAACCGUGCCCUUGCAAAGGCAGGUUUUCCUGACUUUGUAAGAGCAGUCGAUUCUGGAUACGCGGCCUCAGGGGCCUUAACAGUGCUCCUAGAGCGAGGCACUCGCAGCAGCACCCUCGUGCCCGUCUACAACGAUACUCUACUAGCCGCUGUAAGGCAAACAGAUCCAGCAGUUAUUUCCGUGGAGAUUAGCGAACAGUGGCACCGUGUUAAGGUACAGGCAGUGCCUGUGGACCGCUACAUGUAUAAUGACCAAGGCCUAGCACUAGCCCAAGAAGAAAUUGAGCUGGGAACACCAUAUAGGCUUAAACGAGAGCCAACGUGGCUCAAAAGAGCCAAGACUAUACAGGCUAGCAACCAGAGAUUUGCCACAAUUGUGAUCACAGUAGGUUCUUUGGAGGAAGCUCGAACACUGAUCAAUAAAGGCAUCAAGUUUGGAGGCCGACACCAUCGAGUAGCACCUUAUUGGGAGUCAAAUCCUGAGAGUAUCUGCCCUCGAUGCUGCGGAAUUGGCCACUCUGGCUUCAUGGCUUGUGGUGGCAGGUCUCCUAAAUGCGCGAUCUGCGCAGGUGCACACGAGGCUACAUCUCCUAAGUGCCCUAAAGCUAGGGAGGCUCGUCAAAGGGCCAUCCAGAGAAUAAGGGAACAAUCCUUACAAGACCUCAUCCCAUUAGAUGAGACAUUCGCGGUAGUGCCUCCAAAACCAGUACUGACCACAGAGGAGAGACCUGGACAGUCUCUAGAGGAGGAGACGUCAACUCCAGAAGAAGAUGAAUUGCUGCCUGAGAUGCAAUUAGAGGCUGAUAUUCACGAGGGAAAUAGCCAACAACCACUAGAGCCAGAGCUCAAGUCAGCUACUGAAGCGCCUCAAAGUGAGAAUCUAUGA